CAAUGGUAACAUAACAGAAAUACAAAAGCAAUAACAAACAAUGGCUGCAGUUUCAAUGAAGUUUCACUGCUUUCUCACGUUCCUUUUGAUCCUCACCGUGUCUGUAUUUGACGGCGUCAAUGGCCGCGGUGAAUGUGGAAAAUCUACAACUCCUGACAUGGAAGCAUUCAAGCUAGCUCCGUGUGCAUCGGCAGCACAAGACGAGACUUCGCCGGUUUCGCCUCAGUGCUGUGGCCAGAUUAAGAAAAUCGGACAGAACCCGGCUUGUCUGUGUGCUGUUAUGCUGUCGAAUACUGCUAAGAGUUCUGGUGUUAAGCCUAGUAAUGCUAUUACUCUUCCUAAACGAUGCAACAUUGACGAUCGUCCUGUCGGUUACAAGUGUGGAGCUUAUACAUUGCCUUGAAGAUUGAUCAUCAUGGGUCAUGGUUACGCUUAUUGUACUAGCUUCUACUGAUCUUUUGGAGUCUGCUAUAUAAAUGUAGCUAGUUCAUUCUAGCUAACAAAUGUAUUUGUGAUAUCCGACCAUCUGAUAAUAAAUAAUUUGUUUAUGUUUCCUCUUUUA